AUGGAGAAACGCCUUUAUGGUGCAUGGAUAACUAUCGCAAAAAUGCACAAGUCUUUAGCAGUUAAUAAAUUACAACUACAGACUAAAAAACAAUAUCUGAAAUUCAGUUCCAUUCUCAAGGGUCAAAUCAAGAACAUGCAAAUGUUGUCUGGUUCUAUUGAAGCAUUAAAGACCAGUACCAUCUGCCUUCCAGUUGUUAAUGGAGCAAAGGCAGAUUUUCAUGAAGUGGGAAACGCCUUCGGUUCAGCAGUUGAUGUGAUGCAAGCAAUGGGAGCUUCAAUCUGUUGUGUGUUGCCUAAGGUAGAAGGAAGAAGUUCCAUGGUCUCUGAACUAUCUGAACUUGCUGUGAAAGAACCUGCAGUCACAGCAUCCUGCUCGCUCGUUCAUACUGAGAAUUAUUUCGAAUCAGGUGAAACAAUGUAG